UCCUUUGCCCUCAGUCGGUGGGGAGGAGGCCCCGGCAGUGUGUGCCAGAGAUGCCGCAUGCCUAGUUGGGCAGUGGUAGAGCCCCUGGAGUGGUGACCCACUCAGUCAGAUCCAGGACUGGAGGCAAGUCCAGGCCGGGAUUUAGAAGGUUUAGGAUCUAGUCCGGGUUCCGCCAUUUCCUCUGCUACGUGACGUCCAGCAAGUCACUUCACUCAGGAGCCCGAUUUCUUCCCCUGUACAAUAGGGAUAGUAAAAAAAAAAAAAAAAAAGAAAAAGCGACAGCGCAAAACUGCUGUGAGGCAUAGAAAAUGGAAGCUCUGGGUUCCAGGGUCUGGACCAUCUCCCUCGCAGUUGAGGGACGGCCAUGGAAACAAAAGAAUGCAUUUUCUUGAAAUCCAGUUUUGGGACACACGGCGAAGAGAAUCCCUCACCUCUUCCUCCGCUCCAAGACUUCCGGCUCGCAGAACGGAAGCGCCUAGGCGGGGCAGGGUCUGAGUGACACCCCGGGCCUCUAAACGCCCGAACCCGGAAGGCGGGGCUUGUGGCUGGGGAAGGAGGAGCUUAGGAGCUCCCUGCGCCCAGAGCUACCUGGGUAAGGCCCAAGAUGGCUGCUUUCACCUAAAACCUCUGUGAGGGCAGCACGAGCGGUUCCUGUCAUCUCCUUGAAGGUCACGCCUGGCUAGCACUCUGCUAUAGCUGUAUGCUGUUGUAGGGGAGAGACGGGCACAAUGGCAGGGUGCCUCGCUGCGGGUGCGGGAAGGCGCCUGUGGAGCUGGGUGCCCCAGGCCUGCAGAAGUUUCUCUCUGGGUGUUCCUGACUUGUAUUUUGUAAGGAACACCGUCCCGCCCCCCAAAGUGGUUGAUCGUUGGAACGAGAAGAGGGCCAUGUUUGGGGUGUAUGAUAACAUCGGGAUCCUGGGAAAUUUUGAAAAGCACCCCAAAGAACUAAUCAAGGGCCCCAAAUGGCUUCGAGGCUGGAAGGGGAAUGAAUUGCAGCGUUGUAUCCGAAAGAAGAGAAUGGUUGGACAUUGGAUGUUUAGUGAUGACCUACACAACCUUAACAAACGCAUCAGAUAUCUCUACAAACAUUUUAACCGCCGUGGAAAGUACCGGUAGAAGAGGAAGCUGGGGACUGUGGAAGAGGCAUAUCUAACAUCCAGGUGAAGGGAAAUAGUACUUUUUUCCCUAUGAGGAAAGGAAUUUGUAUGCUCUCUAUAAUAAAAUAAGGCUUCUUUAGAAUCUGUUAUCCACACACUUUAUUUUCCUCUAGAUGCUACUUUUACUCACAUAGACUAUGAAGUCUGACUCAUUCCUAAGUCUUAGUGUCUUAGAUUUGGACUUUACCACUUGCCUUUUGCAGUUUAGCCAUGUCUAUUGCCUUUAAAAAAGAAAAAUUAUUGUUGACACUUUUUGACAUUUAGGUUUCAUGUAUUCAAAGUGGUAAUUUUUAAUUGCCCCUUAAUGUUAAAUGUUAAAUAUAUUUUAAAAAAUCCACAGUGGACCUGGCUGGUGUGGCUCAGUGGUUGAGCAUCAACCUAUAAACCAGGAGCCCAGGUUUCAGGCUUGGUCCACAGUUGGGGGUGGGAAGAAGGCAGUUGAUCAAUGAUUCUCAUCAUUGAUUUUUCUCUCUCCCUCUCCCUUCCUCUCUGAAAUAAAUAAAAAUAUAUUAAAAAAAAAUCCACACCAGAGUGAAAUGCAAUGGAAAAGUGGAAUUAUAUUUCUGUACUAUUCUUAUAAAAACUAUUGGUUACCUUUUCUGAGCAGAGAAUUGUAGGGGAAACAAAAAUGUGUAAUAUAUCCUUGACCCACUCUCUUCAUAUGCUUUUCUAGUUAGAGA